AUGGCGGCGGCGAAUCUACAAGUGGCUGUUUCCGAUGACCUGAACUAUGAAAUGUGGGCUCCGAUCAUGAAAACUACACUCGUGGAGAAAAAACUUUGGGAUGCUGUUGAGAACGGAGUCUCGCCGGAUCCAACGAAGAUUCCAGGGUUAGCGUCGACGAUUCAAGCCGAAGAGCUUUCCAAAUGGAGAGAUCUCGCGAGAAAAGACAUGAAAGCGCUCCAGAUUCUGCAGUCCUCUCUCCCAGAGUCGGUUUUCAGGAAGACUCUCUCGGCUUCUUCGGCGAAAGACGUUUGGGAUUUGCUCAAAAUAGGUAACGAAGAAGCGAAGCUCGUUGAGUUAGAGAAUCGAUUCGAGGAACUUAGUAUGCAUAAAGGAGAAGCGAUGGAUUCCUACGUUGAUAGAGUUGUGAAAAUCACUGAACAGUUCCGCGAUUUGAAAAAAUGCGAAGCCUGA